CGUCUUGUUGACUGUGCAUCAUCCAUAGACCAUAGCCCCGUCAUACUCGACGUGCCCAGGAGAAGGAUCUGCCGUCUUGGACCUGGAUGUCUGGAGCUUUGACACGUUUUCUUCCGUGUCCCGGACCGAAGCCUCCAGCUCUCACCUUCCGUGUUGCCCGCGUGCGCAGCGCGCCGCACCGCUCACGCCCCAAAUUUCUCGUGAUCUCAUCGCGCGCAGCAUCCCACCGCCCACCACGCCGACCAUGCCGCCCCCGGCCGCUCCCUCCUCGUACACCAGGUACGAGACGCGCCGCCGCAACCCCAACCCGCGGGAGGCGGCGCUCCUCGUCAUCGACGUGCAGGGCCACUUCGCGUCGCUGGCCGCGCCGGCCAUGCCGGCCAUCGCUGCCACCGUGGCGCUCUGCCGCGGCGCCGGCAUGCCGGUCGUCUACACCCGCCACGUCGACCCGGAGCCCCGGAACCGCCCGCUCGCCGAGUGGUGGGCCGGCGACCGCAUCGACGCCGGGACACCCGCCGCCGAGCUGCUCCCCGGGGCCGGCCGCGCCGAGCGCGACCUCGUGGUGGAGAAGAGCACGUACAGCGCGUUCGCCGGCACGGGGCUCGAGGAGGCGCUCCGCGGGAUGGGCGUGGAGGAGGUGGUCGUGGCGGGCGUGAUGACCAACCUGUGCUGCGAGACCACCGCGCGGGACGCGUUCGUGAGGGGCUUCCGGGUGUUCUUCUCGGCCGACGCCACGGCCACGGCCAGCCGCGACCUGCACGAGGCCACCCUCGCCAACAUGGCCUACGGGUUCGCGUACAUCGUCGACUGCAACCGACUGGAGGCGGCACUCCGGAAGGACAAGUGAAGUGCCAACACCUACCUAGCUAGUACUACCUCCGGUCCCUUUGUAUUUUGUGUCAAAUUUUAACUAUAGAUCUAACUAAUAAAAUAGUUAU